AUGGCUCCGAUCUGCAUAAAGAGAGACUUGUCACAUGAUGGUGUGUGAUGUGGGAGGGGGGGGUGGGGGUGGGGUUUGGGCGAUCAUGACCAAAUGAUAUAAACAAAAAACCAAAUAGCUUCAUCAAAAAAAAAUUCAAAAUCAACUCAAAUAAAAAAGUCGAUAAAGGAACUACACUUGCUUGAUCAUUACUGAUUACUUAUCUGACUGCCGCUGGUGAUUAGCAAUGCAAUACGGGGUUGUUUUUAAAUGAUCUGUUUUAAAGUUUUUGUACCACGUUGUUUUUCAUCCCACAAAACUUGAACGAAUCAGUUUAUCGAAACUACAAAUAAAGUAGUUGAGGGGGGGGGGGGUUGUUCUGACGCGAUUAUAACCAGAGGGUACAAUACAAAUAAGCUAAAUAGGUUGGUCACGCAAGGUCAGAACCGUGUGGUCAAGCCGGGUUGCUAAGCAGCGCGCGAAAAUUUGUUUGUUGAUCAUAUUCAGCUCUGCAACAGCUUGCCGUGCUUCGGAAUGCAUAUAUACUCACUCAGGAUAUUCAGAAUUGUUCUAGUCUAGUGAAAGAUCGUCCACCGGCGAUAAAGAAAUUCAGGACAUGAGACUAAAAAGAUCUAAACAGUAAGAUGAUAUUAACUUAGUCAGACAUCCUUGCUUAUAUUUCCAGCUAGUGAGAUGAAACAAACCAAGUGCCGCGUGUCUUCACGUCCAAUUCACGUGUGUGCGUCCGAAGUAAUACAUUUCGUGUAAUGAGUUUCUGUUUUCCUUGUAGAAAAAAGACAUCUCUUGCUACAUCGAGAACUCUCCUGAAAGAAUUAGAUCCAGUACUUCAGGUAAAGCUAUAUCAAAGAAAGCAUCUUAGUCAUUUAAUUCCUGGGGGUACCCUAAAAAAAUUCUUACGGGAGGCUCUGCGCGAAGGUCCAUCCCUUCCUUUUAUAUGCCAUUAUCGACUGCAAGGGUACCCCUUUUGUAUACCAGAAUCCUGUUUUUAAUGAUGCCUAUUUUUGUCAUAUAUUAGGACAUAAUCAUCAAGAACAAAUUUUACUCGACCAGCCGUGGUGAUUUAGCAGAUUUAUCCUUCCCGAAAAUUUUGCCUACCGAGGUCCAAACACUUCACUACAAACUUCCACAAGAUGUUACUGACGUCAGCGCCGUGUCAAGCAUUCCUUCUAGAUCCGUUUGUGUGGUUAUGCUGGAUACCCUGAUAGAUGGAAAGUACCAAGCAGUCUCCUGUUCUCUGGGUACUUAUACCAAUUCCUCGUUGGAUACUCUGCUGAACGUCCAUUCGCUGAGGGACAUUUCCCAACAAGUGAAUCAGGGGAAACCUGGCUAA